AUGUCGGUGUCUCCAACACGAGAGUCGAUCAUGCCGCAGUUCGACAAGGACUUGCGGGACUUACAUCUACUCUACGACUACGACGCGCAGAAUCCGCAAACCGGCGCACCGGAAAAAUGGCGAUACGAGAUGUGGUUCUUCUCCCACGAUCGUAUUGUUUACGCCAUCCACGGAGGUCCGAUGGCCGGUCGGAAGAACUACCAGACGGCGACAUAUCAAUGCAUUCGGCCUGGAGAACUAUGGCAGUGCAAUUGGCUGGAGGAGACGGGCACGAUCUGCUCCCUUGUGUAUGAUCUGAAGUUGAAUAAGAUCACCACGCUGUUGGGCUUUAGUAUCGGCCACUGGGCGAAUGCCGACCUCGCCCACGGCGACAAGAGGAACCCGCAGGAUUAUGAGAGGUGGAGGGGUCUAGCCAAGCAGGGCACUCAGAUCGACCGAUACCUCCUCAGCGAGCAGGCCGAUAUCCUCGAAACGUUCCAUGGGAAGGGCGACUUGGAGCCGAUCGAAGAAAGCUGGCCGACGUUCUGA